AUGGUUCAAACGAAAUUCAACGCUGGAAUGACUUGCGGAGGCUGCUCUGGUGCCGUCGAGCGUAUCUUGAACAAGGUUGACGGAGUUACAAGCGUUGUUACCAACGUGGAAGCCAAGUCCGUCGUUGUCGAUCAUGAUGAAUCUGUAACUGCAGAUUUCCUUUUGGAAAAGCUUUUGAAAUGGAGCAAUGCUACUGGAAAGGAAGUUUCGUUGGCAUAA